UUUUUUUGGCGCCCAAAUGAAAUCUUCGAGGAUGGAUUGGCUGGAACAAGAAUUGACUACAGAGAUUGAUAAUCAAAGCACUUUAGAGUGCUUAGAAAAACUUGCUCUGUAUAGUACAAAUAUUCGAAAAGAAUUUACAGUCGUGGAUGAGUGGAAGGUGCUAUCGCCAAAGAUACGCCAUCUUUUGAAAAGCUAUGGAGCUUGCAUAAGAAACAGAUUACAGGACCUUUCAGUCCUUGAAGACUAUCUAUUGGCACCUUUACAUGAUAUUCUUUGGAACCUACAUGAACUUGCAAACGAUUUCUGGAAAAAGGAGGUAAACAUUGGAGUAGUCUGUUGGACGGUUUUAAUAGAAAUAUUAAAAAGUGUGCCUCUGAACAGUCUUCAAGAUUCUUUCCUGGAGAAGUUGUGUGUAACUGUCCUACAACUUGUAAGAGAAACAUUUGAAAAUUGGAGAGCGAUGUCGGAACAUUCGUCCUUAUCAAAAAUGGCUCUCUUCAUAUGCAAGUUAUUUAAGGAGUUGGUGGAUUUGUCACUCGAUAUAUUUCUGCAAAAUAGUAUUCUGCCAUAUCUACUAGAAACCUGGUGUAAAGCAAUGGCGCAUCUCGAUCACAGCAAACUUAAGGAAAGUGGAUUGGAGUGUAUGAUUAGUGUUUCCGAUGAUUUAACGCAAUUAGUUGCUGUGGCUUGUUUUGAAACUCCUAAUCUUGUUGGCAAAGUUUGGCUGGACUCUGUAGAUGAGAUAUAUUCUAAAGAAGAUUCUUCUAAUGUGAUCUGCUCAGUCGUUCUUGUUGCAAGCAUUCUUAAAUAUCAAGUAGCUUCCUUUCCUAAUACAAAAAAGAAACUUGAAAAUUCUCUAUGUAUUCUUUUUCAUCUUUGUUUAUUAUUGAUUCAAAGGCAUUCUGGGAAGUGUAGAAUGUUGAUGAACAAUUAUAUUGAAAGAAAUCAUCUUAUAACAAGUUUGGUGUUGCUCAUGGAAGACGCUUUAAACUCUUCUUGUACCAGUAUCGCUGUGGACUAUUUAUUCUUUCAUCUCACUGGGAACGAUGCCUUUGUUCGGUUGCUAUGUAUGCUUGUAGUCAAACAUGUUAUUCGACGCAAAAAGAUACCAAAUACCAUUUUUAAUGACUUGCAACGGAAAUUGAAUGAGAUAAUGAUCUUUGCGGAACUUUUCGACUGUAAAGCGGUACCUUUGCAUCUGACGCUGCUGAAAAGGGAGUGCUUUGCAAGUAACCUAUUUACGGAAUCUCCAUCAUUAGAAGAAUCUUCCAAAGAAGAAACCAUAAUAGGUUCACCUAUGACGUCUUCCAGGAAUGGGUUGACGACUGAAGACUCAAAUCAGCUGGACUUUUAUGGAAUAGAAGAAUUUAGGAAAAGAGUGACUAGUAGCUAUUCGGAGUAUGAAGCCUAUUACUUGUUGUCUUAUUUGAAUUCACAGAAGUUGUCGCCAACUGAAACUCGUGCUUCUUUGCAACCCAUCAUGGACUGUGGUACAAGGUGGAAUGGGCUACUUGUACUUGUAUGUGAAACGCUUUCCUCGGCUAUUCUUAACUAUCCUGAUUUGACUUUGUAUGAUACACAGUUUAUUUCAUUUAUCAAGUCCACUUUUCGAAAAAUCACCAGUUUGACCCGCAAUGGUGUCAAUCAUCAUUCGGUUCUGUUUGAUGCAUAUUGCUUUUUAGUUUUGAUGCAAUUGGCAGCAACUUUUUGUCGCUUUGCUCCAGAUACUUGUGUGCAACAGUUAGGAAAAGAUCCUUUGCUAGCUGAUUGUCUACGAAACACACUACUCAAAGAAUCCCUCAUGGAAGUUCCUACCCUGGAAAUGGAGAUGUUAAAGGAAACUAUUUUAACCAAAGCCACUGAAUUGAACGGAACCAGGAAGCCAACUGAGAGAGAUAUUGUUAAUCUUGAUCAUUCCGUCAGGAAAGCAUCCACUCGACUUUUACUGAGCUCCAUUUUGGAAUGGACCGAAACCCAAUGGGAACAACCUUUGGAGCAAGUAUGGGUACGAAUUAGACAGUGCUUCGAUGCAUUGCUCUUGAAAGAGUCCAGAAACAAACCAGUGGAGUGAUUGCAAAAGUGCUCGAGAAAAUGUUUACACUCUUAGUGAAGUUUGAACC